UCUCUGACGCUUUGUUUACAUUUGAGGCAAAACACGAGAGGAGGAAAGUUUGCCAUAUUUAAGUGUGAUACCGCGCCUGUGGCCACUUAGAAGGAAGAAAACACACUUACAACACCAUAGAAGAAUUGUAAGUACCCAACUAAAAGAAGGAAAGAAAAAACUCAUUGAAAAUAUUAAGAAAAACGUUCCCUGUGCGUUUUCAUGUGUGACUCAAAAACGUUUAUGAUGUGAAAUACGUGUGAUAAAAAAGACAUAGAAAAAGAAAGGUUAAAGAGAGGAUAUAAUGAUGAAACUGGCAACCCCGAAAUGAGAGAAGAAGGGAAGGAGAAACGAAGAUAAUGGAGGUGAGGGAAAACACGUAGAGGAGAAAGGAAGAGAAGAAAAUAAGAAGAGAAACGGAAAGUGAAAAGUUAGAGAAGAAAGAAAGAGGAGAAAGGAAGAUAUGAAAAUAAGAAGAGAGAAAAACGUUAGAGAAGAAAGAAAGUAAGAGAAGAAACGAAGAGAGAAAAGUUUGUGAAGAAAGAAAGAGGAAAGAAAAGAACAGAAGAAACGAAGAUAAAAGUUAAAGAAAGAAAGAGAAGAAACAAAGAGAGAAAAACGUUAGAGAAGAAAGAAAGGAAAAAAAAUAACAGAAGAAACGAAAAAAAAAGUUAGACAAGAUAGAAAGAGGAAAGAAUGUAAGAAGAGAAACGAAGAGAAAAAAGUAGAAAAAAGUUAGAGAAAAGAAAGUAAGAAGAGAAACGAAGAGAAGAAAUCAAGAGAAGAAAAAAAGGAGAAAGAAAGUAACAGAAGAAAGCUACAGGUAAAAGGAAAAGUAAGGAAAGUGAGAGCUAAUGAAAAAGCUGAAAAAAAAGUGAUUAUUAAGUGACCUUUAUGAGUUUUGCGAGAAGGAGAAAGUGAACGGUAGAAUAUGAACCGGUUGUGAGUCAUUAUAGAUUGGUUGUGACUGAAUAAGAACUGAUUGUGAGUUAAUAGAAAUUGGUUGUGACAGACAAACUUUACAGAUAUAAAACAUUCAAAAACCAAAAAAAGCGAACCCAAAAAACACUAAAUCAUAAAAAAACAAAGAAAAAAGAACCAAAGACUAAACUAAAAAGAAAAAAGUGGAAAUAAGUGAAAAAUUAAAAGCAGACAAACUUAACAGAAAUAAAACAUUUAAAAACCCAAAAAAUUGAACCCAGAAAACACUUAAAUAUCAACAAACCCGAAAAACUAAUAUAAGAAAGUAAAAACAAUUGAAUACUAACAAUUUCCAGAAACUUAAAAUCUUGCCAAAAAACACCCCACCAGUUCACACCCUCGGAGAAGCGGAGUUGCCAGAUGUCACCCUAACAAACGCAGCGUUGCCACAUCCCAACUACCACAUCCCUCCCUCCCACCCCUCCCUCCCUCACCCCUUCCUUCCCCACCACCCGAGGAAUGAGAAGAGGGAUAAAGAUGGAGAGAAAUGACGCGGAGGAAAGAGAGAGAUUGAGAGCAUCAGGGGAGGAAGAUGAUGAUGAUGAGGAGGUGGAGGAGUACAACGUGUGUAAGAUAAGACGUGACUGGGAGCGUGGGUCAGAGAGCGGAUCGCUGCUGGCCCGUUCCACCCUCUACGACAUGGAUUCUGGUGACCCCCCCGCUGACCUGCCCCUCUUCACCAAGCUCUACACCCUCGCGCAGAUUUUGGGCAUCCUCAGCGUGGUACUGGUGGGGGUAUGGCUGGGUAUUUACCGAGGGGGGUUUGCGUGGUCAACCCCCUUGGAGCAGUUUAAUUGGCACCCCUUGCUCAUGACUCUCGGACUGGUCUUCCUCUACGCUAACGGAGCGCUGGUCUAUCGCGGCUUCCGGUCUGAGCGCAAGAAGAAGCUGAAAGUAGCCCAUGCCUUGGUGAUGAUCGGAGCGCUGGUCUGCUCCAUCGUUGGCCUGGUCGCUGUUUUCCAGUACCACGCCACAGAAGGCUAUCCGGACAUGCGCUCACUCCACUCCUGGCUCGGGCUGUCCACUGUCAUCCUCUUUGCCUGCCAGUGGCUGGCCGGACUCCUGACCUUCCUGUUCCCCGGCCUGCGUUCCAGCCUGCGCUCGGCCUACCUCCCCAUACACCAGUUCUUCGGGAUGUUCAUCUUCGCUGGCGCCGUGACCUCUGCCCUCAUCGGCCUCACGGAAAAAGCCGCCUUCAUUAAAGACAUCACGUCCCCAGAGAAGGUCCUGAUCAACGUGGCGGGCCUGUCGGUUGCUCUCUUCGGUGGCCUGGUUGCCUACCUUCUCUCGCAGCACAAGUUCAGGCGUCGGACCACAGAGGAUGAAGUCUUGCUUACCGACACUGUGCUGGAAUAGAGAUGAUGGUGGUGGUGUGUGUGUGUGUGUGUGUGUGUGUGUGUGUGUGUGUGUGUGUGUGUGUGUGUGUGUGUGUGUGUGUGUCUCUCUCUUUCUCUUCUCUCCUUCCUUCUUUGCCCUUCGUUCUUUUUCUUUCUCUCGUUCUCUCUUUCUCUCUCUUUUUCUCUAUUUCUUUAUUUCUUUCCUUGAUGUUUCCUUAUUUCUGGGUCUUCUUUUCCUCCUCCUCCUCCUCCUCCUCCUCCUCCUCCUCCUCUUGAAUCUAUCCUCUAAUUCCUCUUCCUCCUCCUCCUUCUCCUCCUCCUCCUCCUUCAUUUCAUAUCUUCUUAUUUUUUCCUCCUCCUCCUUCUCUUCUUCCUCCUCCUCCUCCUCUUUGAAUCUUCCUCUUCCUCCUCCUUCCCCUUCAUCUCUCUUAAUCUUCCCAUCUUCUUCCUCCUCCUCCUCCUCCUCCAUCUCCUUCUCACAUGGGCGUAAGAUAUCCUAACACAAAUACAUAUAAGAUAAAGAUAUAUAUAUAUAACCAUUUACCAUUCCACAGGACCACUUCAAAAAGAUAUAUAUAAAUUACUUAACUGACCCCUCGUAGCAGCCAUGUAAGACUUUAAACACAUAUAUAUAUAUACUAGAAAUCCAUGUAAUUCAUAUAUCGUUUCCUAUCGAUGUGUAUAAGAGAAAUAUAUAUAAAUUGUAUGUACGUAUAUAUUCAAUUAUGUGUGCGUGUGUGUGUGCGUGUGUGUGCAUGUGUGUGUGUGUGAGUUCGCUACGCACACACGGUAACAUACGCACUUGUGGAAAUCUAUAUAUUUACUGUUGUUCUGUGAUCCGAGACUUAUCAAUGUGAUUUUCCGUAACGAUUUCUCUUCUACGAUCAUUCUUAUUCUUAUUAUUUUUAGCGAGAAUGCACAGAGUUGUUCGGCCUGCCAAAUUAGGCGAUCUCUUUCACAACUUUAUUUUUUUUUCUGUACCGAGAAAGCCCAGUUGUAUCUUUCAUCCCUGUGCUGUCCAAUCCCUUAUGCAAGAGUUAACCAGCAUCUUCACUCUUUCAUCCCUGUACUGUCCAAAUCCCUUAUGCAAGAGUCAACCAGCAUCUUCACUCUUUCAUCCCUGUGCUGUCCAAAUCCCAUAUGCAAGAGUUAACCAGCAUCUCCACUCUUUCAUCCCUGUGCUGUCCAAAUCCCUUAUGCAAGAGUUAACCAGCAUCUUCACUCUUUCAUCCCUGUGCUGUCCAAUCCCUUAUGCAAGAGUUAACCAGCAUCUUCACUCUUUCAUCCCUGUGCUGUCCAAUCCCUUAUGCAAGAGUUAACCAGCAUCUUCACUCUUUCAUCCCUGUGCUGUCCAAUCCCUUAUGCAAGAGUUAACCGGCAUCUUCACUCUUUCAUCCCUGUGCUGUCCAAAUCCCUUAUGCAAGAGUUAACCAGCAUCUUCACUCUUUCAUCCCUGUGCUGUCCAAUUUUUUUCCAUAGAGAGAAAGCCUGAGUCGAACAGCCUGUCAAAUUAGGCUAUCUCUUUCACAUUCUAAUUUUAUUUUUCCAUACCGAGAAAGCACAGUGGUAUGGCCUGUCAAAUUAGGCUAUCUCUUGCACAUUCUAAUUUUAUUUUUCCAUACCGAGAAAACACAAAGUCGAACAGCCUGUCAAAUUAGGCUAUCUCUUUCACAAACAUUAUAUUUUUUUCAAUAUCGAGAAAACACAGAGUCAUACAGCCUGUCAAAUUAGGCUAUCUCUUUCACAAACAUUAUUUUUUUUUCCAUAUCAAGAAAGCACAGAGUCAUACAGCCUGUCAAAUUAGGCUAUCUCUUGCACAUUCUAAUUUUAUUUUUCUAUACCGAGAAAGCACAGUGGUACGGCCUGUCAAAUUAAGCUAUCUCUUGCACAACUUUAUUUUUUUUCCAUAGCAAGAAAACACAGAGUCAAAUGCCCUGUCAAAUUAGGCUAUCUCUUUCACAAACAUUAUUUUUUUUUCCAUACCGAGAAAACACAAAGUCGAACGGCCUGUCAAACUAGGCUAUCCCUUUCACAAACAUUCUAAUUUUUCUUUUCUGUAGAGAGAAAGCCCAGGGUCAAAAAACUACCCCUGGAUAUGCCCAAAACUCCUAGGAAAGCUUUGUCAAAUGAGUGUUUCUUUAGGUUCAAACUAAGCUAUCUCUUUCACAAACAUUCUAAUUUUUCUUUUCCGUAGAGAAAGCCCAGGGUCAUAAAACUACCCCUGGAUAUGCCCAAAACUCCUGUGAAAGCCUUGUCAAAUGAGUGUUUCUUUAGGUUCAAACUAGGCUAUCUCUUUCACAAACAUUCUAAUUUUUCUUUUCCGUAGAGAAAGCCCAGGGUCAUAAAACUACCCCUGGAUAUGCCCAAAACUCCUACGAAAGCCUUGUCAAAUGAGUGUUUCUUUAGGUUCAAGCUGGGCUAUCUCUUUCUCUCUUUCACAAACGUUCUAAUUUUUCUUUUCCGUAGAGAAAGCCCAGGGUCAUAAAACUACCCCUGGAUAUGCCCAAAACUCCUACGAAAGCCUUGUCAAAUGAGUGUUUCUUUAGGUUCAUGGUACAGAGGAAGGGUCACACUACCACCAGGGUCAUGAAGCUACCCCUAGAAAUGCCCACAACUCCUAGGAAAGCCUUGUCAAAUGAGUGUUUCUUUAGGUUCAUGGUACAGAGGAAGGGUCACACUACCACCAGGGUCAUGAAGCUACCCCUGGAAAUGCCCACAACUCCUAUGAAAGCCUUGUCAAAUGUGUGUUUCUUUAGGUUCAUGGUACAGAGGAAGGGUCACACUACCACCAGGGUCAUGAAGCUACCCCUGGAUAUGCCCCUAACUCUUCGAAAGCCUUGUUAAAUGAGUGUUUCUUUAGGUUCAUGGUACAGAGGAAGGGUCACACUACCACCAGGGUCAUGAAACUACCCCUGUAAAUGCCCACAACUCCUAGGAAAGCCUUGUCAAAUGAGUGUUUCUUUAGGUUCAUGGUACAGAGGAAGGGUCACACUACCACCAGGGUCAUGAAGCUACCCCUGGAAAUGCCCACAACUCCUAUGAAAGCCUUGUCAAAUGAGUGUUUCUUUAGGUUCAUGGUACAGAGGAAGGGUCACACUACCACCAGGGUCAUAAAACUACCCCUGGAAAUGCCCACAACUCCUAUGAAAGCCUUGUCAAAUGAGUGUUUCUUUAGGUUCAUGGUACAGAGGAAGGGUCACACUACCACCAGGGUCAUGAAACUACCCCUGUAAAUGCCCACAACUCCUAGGAAAGCCUUGUUAAAUGAGUGUUUCUUUAGGUUCAUGGUACAGAGGAAGGGUCACACUACCACCAGGGUCAUGAAACUACCCCUGGAAAUGCCCACAACUCCUAUGAAAGCCUUGUCAAAUGUGUGUUUCUUAGGUUCAUGGUAGAGGAAGGGUCAUUAAGCUACCCCUGGAAAUGCCCACAACUCCCACAAAAGCCUUGUCAAAUGAGUGUUUCUUUAGGUUCAUGGUACACAGGAAAGGUCAAACUACCACCAGGGUCAUGAAGUAUUGAGGAAAACUUAGACCACAUAUCUAGAGUGAGAUAUAUAGAGUAAACAGAUAUAGAAACAAUAGAGUAGCAGGUAAGAAGUUAAGCGCUGCCAUCUUUGUACGGGCAACUCAACUCUCCCCUGACAGCUGAUAUUGAUGAAGCCGGUGAUAGACUAUUAGGCAUAUCAAUCUAUUUUUCUCAUUAUCACUGAAACCAAGGAAGCGUAAGUAUAUAUAUUUUGGAUAGCGUUUUAUAUGUGACCCGUAAUCUUUAUAUCAUCGUCAUACAAUUAGCAGAAGACCAUUAGUUGUCCGCUUACGAAAGAACAAGAAAUCUAUGACGUAUGAUUUAGUAUUUUGCACGAGUUGAGAGAUUGAGAGAUUCGCGGAUAUAUUUGAUUAAGAAAACGGCGAAAUUCUACUUAUAUGUGAAUUAGUGUUGCGUAUUUUCGUAAACUCAAAAACGUGUCUGAUUUUUGUGUUUAUAUGAUCCCUGUCCGUCUGUCUAUCCGAGUCUAUUUUCUGUGUCUGUUCUGUAUCUAUUCAAUUCUGUCUAUCUGUUGGUCUAUCUGUUUUCUGUGUUGUUCUAUAUCUAUUCAAUUCUGUCUAUCUGUUGGUCUAUCUAUUUUCUGUGUUGUUCUGUAUCUAUUCAAUUCUGUCUAUCUGUUGGUCUAUCUAUUUUCUGUGUUGUUCUGUAUCUAUUCAAUUCUGUCUAUCUGUUGGUCUAUCUAUUUUCUGUGUUGUUCUGUAUCUAUUCAAUUCUGUCUAUCUGUUGGUCUAUCUAUUCUCUGUCUAUUGUUCUAUAUCUAUCCAAUUCUAUCUAUCCGCUGGUCUAUCUAUUCUGUCUGUUAUUUUAUAUCUAUCCAAUUCUAUCUAUCUGUUGGUCUAUCUAUUCUCUGUCUAUUGUUCUAUAUCUAUUCAAUUCUAUCUGUCCACUGGUCUAUCUAUUUGCCAGUUUCUUUGUCUAUCCGUCUAUUGAUAUUUCUUUUUCAAUCCAUCUAUUUAUCUAUCCGUGUCUGUCUCUCUCAUUUAUCUAUCUCUAUUCUCAUUCCUCUUCCUUCUAUUUCAUUUAUUAAUUUCUUACUUUUUCCUCCUCCUCCUCCUCCUCUUCUUAGUUUGUCUUGUUUCUCUUCCUCCUCCUCCUCCUCCUCUAUUUUCAUUCAUCUCUCUCGCUCUCUCCCCCUCUCUCUCUCUCUUCCAAUAACCACUAAGUAAUCAAGGGUUUUAAUAUUAUACUAAGGAACAUUAACCAUAAGACUUGCCUGUAUAUCCUAUGACCUAUAUAUUUCCUCCAUGACAAGCUAAAGAAAUAUAUUGUAACAGUAUUGUAUGAGAUAUUUUAAAAGAACAAAGCCUAUGAUGAACUU